AUAACAAAAAAAAAAACUAGUUCGUGAAUCUGCUCUCUCGUCUUCUGCUACCUAACUCCUUCUUCAGACUUCUACCGUUAUACGCAGCGAAAAAAAAAAAAAAACAAUCUUUGAUCUUCAAAUGGCACUGAUACAACUUGGUUCGGUUUCUGGGACCUCUGCGGUUCAAUUGAGCUUCUCAUCCUCCGUAUCACCACCGUUGACGACGAAGGCUUCCCUCAGUUUUCAGCCGGAGAAGAAAGGUUGGAGGAACCGGAAAAUGAUAUGCAGAGCUAUGGUUCAAGAAGAAGCUGUUCAAGGGAUUCCUUUGGUUUACGCUAGGGAAAUGGAGCGUCUCUCUGCUAAGGAGUCUCUGAUUCUCGCCUUCAAUGAUGCUGGAGGAUUUGAGGCUCUAGUUACAGGGAAGAUCAGUGAUAUACAAAGGAUUGAUGUGAAUGAGAGAAUAACUUCUCUUGAGCGGCUUAAUCCAACUCCUAGACCAACCACGUCUCCUUAUCUUGAAGGGAGAUGGAGUUUUGAGUGGUUUGGAUCCAGCACUCCUGGUCAACUUGCUACUCGGGUUAUAUUCGAGAGGUUUCCUUCAGCAUUAGUGAGUCUAUCCACUAUGGACAUAGUCAUUAAGGAUAAUAGCACAAAGGCAACUGCAAACAUCAAACUCCUAAACUCGAUAGAAAACAAAAUCAUCCUGUCAUCGAAAUUGACAAUAGAAGGGCCUUUAAGGAUGAAAGAAGAGUAUUUAGAAGGAAUACUAGAGUCGCCAACGGUUAUUGAAGAAGCAUUACCUGAACAGCUAAGAGGUUUAUUGGGUCAAGCUUCUACCACGUUGCAGCAGCUUCCUCAACCUGUCAAGGAUACUCUAGCCAAUGGUCUAAGAAUUCCCCUUGGUGGAACUUACCAAAGAUUUUUCAUGAUUUCUUAUCUAGACGACGAGAUUCUUAUUAUAAGAGAUACCGCAGGAGUGCCUGAAGUUCUAACAAGGGUGGAAACAUCGUCUUCAUCUAGCGUUGUAGAGAAUCUUGAAUACAACAGUUAGACAGUUUAAAUGUUAAAACAAAAAGUGAAUACAAGUUUACAGUAAAUCUCCGGAUACACUGAAACCUCUUUCCCUUCCUCUACUAUACCUUGUUGUCUGUCACAUUCGAUGUUUGCCUUGUCUACUUCACUAGUGAAUAUAUAUUGGAUUCAAUAUUUAUGA